AUGGGCCCCUGUACCGCCUCCUCAUGCUGCUGCCAGGCCCGUAAUCUGCCAUGGGCCCCCGUACCGCCUCCUCAUGCUGCUGCCAGGCCCGUAAUCUGUCAUGGGCCCUGUACCGCCCUCCUCAUGCUGCUGCCAGGUCCAGAGUGUGUCAUGGGUCCCUGUACGGCCUCCCAUUGCUGCUGUCUCCAUCGCCACACUCUGCCAUGUGCCACUUUCAGGUCUCCUCACACUGCUGGUGGGUUCCAUUUUGUCAUAGGGUGCUGUAUGGCCUCCCAUUGCUGCUGCCAUGGGCCACCGCCACACUGUGGCCAGGUCCACACUCUGGUUUUGGCCCCAUUGUGACUGCCCAAAUGAGUGAAGUGUGCGGUGAUUCUAAGAUCGACGGCACUCAUCUGCAUGUCAUACUGACUGAUAGUAUUAUUUCUCUUUCCCCCAGCAGACUCCAAGGGCAUUUAAAUUAAAGGUACAGUGUUCUGCACUAAUAUAA